GCUGAGAAAGACUCUUUACAACACUGAAACCUACAUAACCUAGAGCUUUUCUAUUCAUUACCGCAACUGAACUUUCAUAGGAACAUGGGAAUUUGGGAAUAUACUCUUUAUUUUACCACUACAACCUGCCUAUGGAGCGCGUCACUUCAGGGAGAGCAUCAGAGGAGACUCUACAGAGACUUGAUGAAAGACUAUAACCCGCUGGAGAGACCUGUGUUCAAUGACACACACUCACUCACUGUGUAUUUCAGCUUCAGUCUCAUGCAGAUUAUGGAUGUGGAUGAGAAGAAUCAAGUACUCACAACCAACAUUUGGUUGCAGCUGUACUGGUAUGACUACUAUCUUCAGUGGAACAUGUCUGAAUAUCCCGGAGUGACGAAUGUAAGAUUUCCUGACAGUCAGAUCUGGAAGCCUGACAUCUUACUGUAUAACAGUGCAGAUGAAAGGUUUGAUGCCACAUUUCAUACUAAUGUGCUGGUGAAUUCCUCUGGUGCCUGCCAAUACCUACCGCCAGGGAUAUUCAAAAGCACCUGCUAUAUCGAUGUUCGCUGGUUCCCCUUUGAUCUUCAGAGGUGUGAUUUGAAGUUUGGCUCCUGGACAUAUGGGGGAUGGUCUCUGGACCUGCAGAUGAUUGAUGCUGACAUCACAGGAUAUAUUGCAAAUGGAGAGUGGGACCUUGUGGAGGUUCCAGGUCGAAGGAAUGAAAGAUUCUAUGACUGCUGCAAGGAGCCAUACCCGGAUGUGACUUUCACGGUGGUCAUGCGGAGACGAACGCUAUACUACGGUCUAAAUCUGCUUAUCCCCUGUGUGCUCAUCUCUACUCUAGCCCUGCUGGUCUUCCUGCUGCCUGCUGACUCAGGCGAGAAGAUCUCUCUUGGCAUCACGGUCCUCCUCUCUCUGACAGUGUUCAUGCUUCUGGUAGCAGAGAUAAUGCCCGCAACAUCGGACUCUGUGCCUUUAAUAGCUCAGUAUUUUGCCACCACCAUGGUUAUUGUUGGCCUGUCUGUGAUAGCCACCGUCUGGGUUUUACAAUACCACUACCAUGACCCCGAUGGAGGAAAAAUGCCAAAAUGGGUGCGCGUGAUCCUGCUCAACUGGUGUGCCUGGUUCUUGCGCAUGAAGAAGCCAGGUGAGGAACGCAAAUCCAGCUACAAAUACGAUCACUCUCCAGUGCAUCACGCCAGCGCCAGCAGCAUUCAGAUGGGAGUCAUGCCCGGUCAGCCAUCUUCGACCAACUCCACCACCAACGGUCACAUGAACUUGUACUUUGGCUACCACUCCAUUGACAGUGCUUGCUGCCCACCAAGCAGCGACUCCGGUGUGUCUUGCAGCGGUGGACGUGUCAGCGGGUCACCAAACGAAGAACAGCGAGAGGCAGUCAGGAUGUUUGUAGGAGAACAGGAGAUCCAUCGCAUCCUUGCGGAGGUGAUGUACAUCGCUCAGCGGUUCCGUGACCAGGAUGAGGCCGAGGCCAUCUGCAGCGAGUGGAAAUUUGCGGCAGCAGUGGUGGAUCGGCUGUGUCUGGUGGCAUUUUCACUUUUCUCCAUUAUCUGCACCUUUACCAUUCUUAUGUCGGCACCAAACUUCAUUGAGGCUGUCUCGAAAGACUUCACAUAAUCCUUAUAGCAUCACAUUUUCAUUGGUUUUCUUUUGUUUUUAAAGAUAUAUAAAUAUAAAAAACACCACGUGAUUUGAGUGUGAGAAGUGUCUACCACCAAAGUUGAUUCCUCCCUCUUCUCAUCUUUCUGAGAUCAACGUGAACUAUUGUUACAAAAAAACAAACAAAAAAAAAAAAAACUUGAAAAAGUUGUGUAUUUUUGAAAUGUGACUUUUCAAACAAAACAUACAGACCCUUGGACAAGCAGUUUGGGUGAUAUUUUACGUCUUUAUAUAAUGUAUCUGGACUGAGCACUUGAGGGUUGGUUUAUGUAGAGAUGUGUUCUCAGUGUGCUAAAACUGUUAGUCACAACAGCUAAAAAUGUGUCUGUGAACUUAAUGUGCUGAAAUUCAAACAUAAUCAAUCCCAUAAUCCCUUUGGAAGUCACACUGUUUCAUUUCGUUCCUUGGCUUUAGUAAUAUUUUUGGUAUCAUUUAAUACUAUUAUUUUAGAAUUUAGCUAUCACUAAACUGACAUACAAUUUUUAGCAAACAUUUCCUUACCAAAGCAACAAUAAUAUUCAUGUAUGGUAGAAUUAAUAUUUUAUUUAACUGUCACUUUUCAUCAUUUUGAUAUUUUUUAUAUAAAUAUUACAGUUAUUAGUCAACUGAAAUCUUUCUUGUGUCUGGUUAGUCCAAGUAAUCAGAUUAUUUUGUGACUUCAUUCUGACCCUGUGCUCUGUCGUAUUAUGUAAAAAUACUAUGUAAACACUGUGGAUAUAUGUCAUUUUGUUAGAAAAUAUAGGUUUAAAAAAAUAAAACAUUUUAAAGAGUU